CUUCCACAUGUUCAAACGUCACAUACAGUUACAAAAGAGGCAUCAGAACAACUGCUUUUGAAUUUUGAAGAUCACGUUCCCUUUACACCAGACAAUGCCUUUUUUGAUCUUAUGAAAGAAAGAACUGCCGUGGACAAGCAUUGGAAACGGAACGGUCAGAAUUUUCAGUUGAAUUUUGUCUCCUCAAGUGAAGAUCACAAGAACGGAAGACUGCCUUCUGUACAUGACUCGGUCUAUUUGAUGGACAUGAAGGAAAAUGCGCUUCUUGACGCAAAGGCCGGAGCUGUGGCUGGCAUCCUGUUCCUCCAAGAUGAUCUUUUUGCGUAUCAACGCAUGGCAAAAAUGAAUAAGGAUGCUAUAAUGAAACAGCCCAUGACUGUGCAGGAACAAGAAGAGAUGCUUGAGGCAUUAAUGCCAGCAUCGUUUGCCCUGAAGGCCUAUCUACGGAAUAACGACCGUCAAAUUGCUCGACUUGCUUUGCUGGCAAGUCUGGAACCAAUCACGAUGUAAUGUUGUUUUGUAUGUUGAUACUUGCAUAUACC